AUGCUGUGGCCUGUUCUGACCCUCCCCUGGCUGGGGGGCUCUGUGCCUGUGACCCCCGACUCCGGCCCAGGGCGUGAGCUGGUGGGCAUCGUGGGGGGCUGUGCUGUCUCAGCCAGGAAGUAUCCGUGGCAGGUCAGCCUGAGGUUCUACAGUAUGGAUCAUGGUCUGUGGCAGCACAUCUGUGGGGGCUCCCUCAUCCACCCCCAGUGGGUGCUGACUGCUGCCCACUGCGUUGAGCCGGACGACCUGGAGGCUUGUGCCUUCAGGAUCCGGGUCGGGCAGCUGAGACUCUAUGACCAUGACCAGCUGCAAAGGGUGGCCGAGAUCAUCCGCCACCCCAAGUUCAACAUGAGCCUGUCUGCCGAGGGAGGCGCGGACAUCGCACUGCUGAGACUGGAGGACCCCUUGAUGCUCUCUGAGGAUGUGAACCUGGUCUCCCUCCUGGCAGCCUCCCUGAGGAUCCCCUGGAGGAAGAUGUGCUGGGUAACCGGCUGGGGUGACAUCAUGGACAACUUGCUGCUGUCCCCGCCCUACCACCUGCAGGAGGUGGAGGUUCGUAUCGUGGGGAACAGGGAGUGUAAUCACCGCUAUCAGAACUCCUUGGACAGCACCGAUCAGGUCAUCAAGGGCGACAAGCUGUGUGCUGGGAGCGAGGGCCGGGGCUCCUGCCAGAUGGACUCUGGGGGCCCCCUGGUGUGCCGCUGGAAUUGCACCUGGAUCCAGGUGGGGAUCGUGAGCUGGGGCCAAGGUUGUGGUCACCGCAACUUCCCUGGGGUGUACACCCGCGUCACGAGCUACGUGUCCUGGAUCUGCCGGCAUGUCCCUCUGUUCCUCAGACCCUAG